AUGGACAACGAAAAUCAGCACGGAGACGACAAUGAAUCCGUUGGCGACGCAGCGUUUGUCGACUACGAUUUAGAGGAACUGGAGGACGAGAUCGCGAACUCGGAAAAUCUGCCGUCCAUAGAUAUCGAAGUAAAUCCGUUAGAAUGCAGUGGCGCAAGCAAUGAAGCAAACAGUCGCGAUGAUUUAUUCUUUGUUACGUUGCUGGUUUACAAACGGCAAUUUAAAGGACAGUCAUCUGGAACUUACGUUGCUCGAUGGGAACUGUCAGCAGGAAGCAAUACUGAGUUUUUGCACAAAGUUUGGAAUUUAUCUAAAGGACAUUUAGCUCGUGAGAUACUGUUCGUGCCGAAUGUUGAUGGGACAUCUAGUCCAUCAUGGAGCUCCAACGAAGUGCCAAUUGAAAGCGAAUUUCACAAGUUCGUGCUAUUCCAAUCUGGUCGGCGAAACUACACUCUAGACAAGCUGAGUAAUGAAAAUAACAAUCUUUUGCAGAGCUGGAGGGACAAAGAAAUUUCUUUAUACUUGCAUAUUUAUUCGCUCUCAAUAAGUAGUCGAGCAGUUUGGAAUUCAGUCAAGGAUGUGUUGAUUGAUCCAGCCGAAAAGGACAGAUCCGGAGCAGCAUUGACUCAAGCCGUAUUUGAAUUAUCUGAUAAUCUUAGAUCGACUCACGGUAAUCACUUGGAAGGACAUGGAAUGGCCUGGUCAUUCUGGGCAAACAGUAUUUUGAAUGCUCCCGCUCAUCUCAGAGAAACUAUGAAAAACUAUCCUCCUCAACAUUUGUCUCAUUUGUUUCGUGCCAAGGAAGGACCUCGAAUCAGUGCUAUUAAACGAGAAUUGAAUGUAGCGCACAGUGUGAAUAAUAGUUUUCAUGAGGAAAUCACAUCCCUUCGACAGGCUUUUGAUGUACUAGAUACGAGUUUUGAACAUCUUCGCGGGACGAUGAACAUUGUAAAACAUCGUUUAGAGGCUUUAGAGAUAAGGGACAAGCUCAGUGAAAACCUAAUCAAUGCAAUGGAGUCAUCUACAAAUGUGCAAGAAGACCAACAAGGCAAAACGUUGAGCAUGGAAAUCACAGACACUGAAGAUGUUGACCAUAUUGAAACGUUUUAUUAA